AUGGCGCUGGUGGCGGCACUUGCCCGGACCCAGCAGUUCUGGUGGUUUAUUCUGCACGUGCUCUCGGUGCUCUUCUAUGCCGUGUACCAAUUGCUGUCGAUAUUCGGGCUGGCGGUGCUGGCCCUUGCCUACUAUCGGUACUGCCUCGUGAUGGUGAUCACCACCUAUUUCAUCGUUCUUGUCCAGCAAAAGCUGAAACGAGGAGUCAAACAGCUUGUGGCCAAUACCAAUUUCCAGUACUUUACGUUGGCGGCAGUGUUCUACUUGGCGUCGCUCGUUAUUGGUCCCGUUAAUGGUGCUCUUUUUUCCUAUAUGAUUUUCCUGGUAUUUCACAUUAUCAGUUAUUUCCAACGUCACCUUGUUGAUUUCAUUGGUACCUUGCCUCAACAGCAACAGCUUAGCUCUCGCGUCGGGGCGUGGCUUGAAGAGAACCAGCCCAGGGGUCAAAUCAUGGCGGCCACCGCCGAACUCUUUUUGGUGAUGACGCUGUUGAAUCCGAUUGUGGUGAUGCCGAUCGUGUUUGUCAAUUUGGUGGCAGGCCGUUGGCAAGUGGGAUUGGCGUACUUAUUGUGUUUUGCGGCUCUGGUGGUGUUCCUCAAAUUAAGAUGGAAUGAGAGCCCCUAUACGAAACAAGUGGUGUCGAUGUACGACGCUAAGAUCGGUCUGUUUGUGCAAAGAUUCCCUCCAGUGGCUAACUUCUACUAUAAAGUUAGGGAUACCGUGGUGAAGGUAUUGGCUCCAAUCACGGUUACCGUACCGAAACGGUCACCGAGAGAACAAGUGCAAGACUCGUUGAGGGACGCUUCUACUCGAGGUACCACCCUGGGCACCUCCCGUUAA